AUGUUCCUUCACGUGACGCGCUGCAGUUCUUUUCAAGAACGAGACUAUGUCCGAUCAACAAGGAAUCAGUGCCAGACACCAGGAUUUCUUUCGAGUCGCCGUCGCUUUCGGUCGGCGAAAAGGUUUGACCUGCAGUCCGCGACGACUGGGUUUGCGGAAGGCACCAGGCAGGCGGUAGCCAUCCUCGGUGCGGCCGGGUAUACGGGUUCGGAGCUCGUGCGCUUGCUUCUCAGGCAUCCGCACGUUGAGAUCAAGGCUCUGAGCGGCACGGAACGUACCAGAGGGCGUCCCUACGGUCAGGUUUAUCCGCAAUACGCGUUCGAGAGCAUCAUUUCUGCGAACGGGAAGCAGGGACCUUCCCCAGUGCGCUCGUUGCCGCCGCUGUGUUUAACGGAGGAGGUUGAUUUCAGUCAAGUGGACACUGUUUUCUGUUGUUUGCCGCAUGCGACAACGCAGUCCAUCGUCACAAGCAUUCUCCAGAGCGCUGUCGGGCGUACCCCACGCGUCAUUGACCUCUCGGCAGACUUUCGCUUAGCGGACGUGCACACAUACGCCCACUGGUACGGAACGCCGCAUCGGGCACCAGAUCUUCAAGCUGAAGCAGUUUAUGGUCUCACUGAGUUUGCCCGAGCUGAUAUCAGGAGCGCGCGCUUGGUGGCCAACCCUGGCUGCUACCCAACGGGUGCCCAGCUGGCGCUGGUCCCGCUCAUUCGCGCCCAGCUUAUCGCGCUUGACGACGUGAUAAUCGACGCCAAGUCUGGAGUGACUGGAGCAGGUCGCUCGGCAAAGGAAGCCAAUUUAUUCUGUGAAGUGACGGAGGGUAUGCACGCGUAUGCAGUGGCGAACCAUCGUCACGCUCCCGAGAUCGAACAGGGCCUCAGUCGGGCAGCGGGACUCGGGAACAGCGGUGUGGUGGUCAACUUCACCCCACAUCUGGUGCCUAUGGCACGCGGCAUUCUUGAAACGAUCUACGUGAGAUGUCAGGCCGGAGUGACACCGGGCGACUUGCGCGCAUGUCUCGAACAGGCGUACGGCGAGGAGAAGUUCGUGCAUGUGCUUGCAGAUCCACAGCAGGUUCCUCAGACGCGCUAUGUGCGCGGAAGCAACCACGUCGUGAUGAAUGUCUUUCCGGAUCGGUUACAAGGGCGAGCGAUUCUAGUCGUUGCCUUUGAUAACAUCGUGAAGGGUGCCAGCGGUCAAGCAGUGCAGAAUAUGAACGUGAUGAUGGGUAUACCGGAACACACGGCUUUGGAGCAGGGCCCGCUCUUUCCCUAA